AUAGAUCCCUCUACUCUAUCACUGGAGGUAAGCCGCAAGCAUAAAUCUAUUUGCAAGUCUGGAUGUGAGCAUGAGGUUUCAGCUACGGAGACCUCUCCUGUCAUUGAGUCGGAUCGCCCCCUGAUUACUCUAUUCAACUCUCAGGAUUUAGCCUCCAGCAAUCCACUCUUUAUGUUCAUUCAGCGCGCACGUGGUCACCACCAUACAAGAGUCCGUGAAGCCGAGGAUUGUUUAGCCUCGGCCUAUAAUCGACAUGCCCAUCUUCAAGUUCUACAGUUCACCGCAUUUGCGGAUCGCCUUCGCCAAGCUGACAUAUUCAUGCUGGCUCGAGUUGAGUUGAUGCAUUGGCUUGUGCUGAUUGUCCCUGAGCAGUAG